GCGCAUGGAUCAUUUAUGGAUUGUAUGGGGUUCUUGCGUGCUUUUACGAGUGUCAACAUUUGGAUGUAUGAUUUUAUAUGCGGCAAGUAAUUUGGAACAGAAACCGGACGAUCUAAAUGAGUCAACAGUUGGAUGUACCUGAGAGGGAACCUCUGGAUAUAAGACCAUGACACUGCUUUGGAAUCAGAGAGAACCAUCUGUAAAAUGACUCGGAACUCCAGAGCGCUGCGAUGACUUCUGUAUGUUUACUGUAAACUGGGCGAGGAAAUAUAUCCGCAGCUGCACGAUGGAUUUACAAAACUCUAAUGGGUCAUCUGAGUCGGACAAGCAGAAGCCCAGCCUGAUUGACUUGGGGACGUUUUUCGUGGACGCUGACAUCAUUUUUGGAUUUACUAGUCAUCUUUUAAAGCGAAAAGCCAAGGUGGAAGGCUGUUCGAGCGGAGAGUCUUCACUCUCUCUUGAGCUGAGCCCGAGGAAGAGAUUGUCAGCGGAGGAGGAAAGGUGUGCCAGCAGACCCCCACCUGAAGGCGCAGGAGCCGUGAGCAUCUCUGAAUCCGACAGGGACGAGACUAAGCCAGAUCUGUGCAAGCAAUGUCAGAUGACUAUUGCGGAACUGAGGAGACAAGCCCUCGCUCUGUCCGACCCUGCUUCAUUUAAGGAUCCUGGAUUUGCUUCCUUUAUCAUUGACCAGCUGCAAGUGCCUGAUUGGUCGCUGAAAGGCGCUCAUGAAGGAACGAGGUGUCAGGUGUGUGGCACACCUGCACAGCAGCUAAAACAGCAGGCACUUCAGACUCUCCAAGAACUGUACCUUGCUUCCGACAUGCCAUCCCUGCCUCCCAACACCUUCCCUGUGCACCCCACCAGGCUGACGACUCACAGCGUGGUCACUCUUUCCUCCAGACCUACCAAAUCGAGGAUACCUCACCCAGCGCACAGCGUCCUGCCUGUGGGGGAGCGGCAGCGUGAGCUUGGCUGGUCUCAGAGCAUGUCUUCCAGCGCUGGGGCACUGAAACCCAGCGUGCAGGUGACCAUGGGAGGAAGACCUCUUACGGGAACCAUCAGCUCAGUCACCAUUCAAGCCCAGCAGUACUUGGAGGGCAUGUGGAGCAUCUCACGUGUCAAUAACUUCUUGCCUCAGCCAAACCCGACACAAGGCCUCGUAGGUCAAGCAGAGCAGAGCGAAUGGCAUUCAGACACCACCAGCUCCAGAGUGUCCCUGACUCCCUCCAGACAGAGAAGUCCGGUUCAGUUUGGCCAGGCUGUGCCUCCUUCCUCUGACCAUCCCACUUCAGCUGCAGCAUCCUUUUUCAUCAGGAUGGCAUGGCAAAGUAGCUAUAGACUGUCAACCAGAGGGGUUGUUUUCUUGAGCAAGGCACCUAACCCUGUGUUGCUCCAGAUUGUCCCUGUAACACAAGGCCUCGUAGGUCAAGCAGAGCAGAGCGAAUGGCAUUCAGACACCACCAGCUCCAGAGUGUCCCUGACUCCCUCCAGACAGAGAAGUCCGGUUCAGUUUGGCCAGGCUGUGCCUCCUUCCUCUGACCAUCCCACUUCAGCUGCAGCAUCCUUUUUCAUCAGGGCUGCUCAGAAGCUGAAUCUAUCAUCCAAACGAAAGAAGCAGCAGCCGCCACUGGUAUACCCCCAGGAGCCCUCUAUCUACCCUACUAACUUUAGUGCUGUCCUCCAGUUUUCGCCUCCACCUGCUCCACCAUGUCUGCUCAGGGCGGGGUCAAAGGCCAAGGAGAACCCUGGCAUGGGCAAGGUCAAAGUUAUGAUUCGGAUCUGUCCAUCUCUGGGGAUUGUGGAUUCAUCCGAGUCCAUGUCCUUCCUGAAGGUGGACACUCGUAAGAAACAGCUGACCCUCUACGAUCCCUCACUCAACACACAGCCCACCUCAGUGCAUAGACGAGCAGUGCUGCCCGCCCCAAAGAUGUUUGCCUUCGACGCUGUUUUUUCCCAAGAUGCCUCUCAAGCUGAAGUUUGCUCAGGGACAGUGGCUGAAGUUAUUCAAUCAGUGGUCAACGGAGCCGAUGGAUGUAUUUUCUGCUUCGGUCAUGUCAAAGUUGGCAAGACAUACACCAUGAUUGGCUCGGACAGCUCCACGCAGAGCCUUGGCAUUGCACCCUGUGCCAUCUCCUGGCUGUUUAAGCUCAUCAACGAGCGCAAGGAGAAGACUGGCACACGCUUCUCGGUACGGGUGUCAGCCGUGGAAAUCUACGGCAAGGACGAGAGCCUGCAGGACCUGCUUUCUGAUGUGCCUACAGGAAGUCUGCAGGACGGCCAGUCGUCUGGUGUCUACCUGCGUGAGGACCCCAUCUGUGGCACACAGCUCCAGAACCAGAGCGAAUUAAGGGCUCCCACUGCAGAGAAGGCCGCCCUUUUUCUUGACGCCGCCAUCGCAGCACGUAGCACCAACCGGCCGGAUGCAGAUGAGGAAGACCGCCGCAACUCCCACAUGCUGUUCACCUUACACAUCUACCAGUACCGCAUGGAGAAGAGUGGCAAGGGGGGAAUGUCUGGUGGUAGGAGCAGAUUGCAUCUGAUUGACUUGGGAAGCUGUGAGAAGGUGCUUUGUAAGAGCAGGGACGCAGGAGGAGGUCUGUGUCUGUCUCUGACUGCAUUAGGAAAUGUAAUACUGGCUUUGGCCAACGGAGCUAAACAUGUGCCAUACAGGGAUAGCAAGCUCACAAUGUUACUGCGAGAUUCCUUGGGGAACAUCAAUUGUAGGACAACCAUGAUUGCCCACAUCUCUGACUCCCCUGCCAUUUAUGCAGAGUCUCUUACCACCAUUCAGCUGGCCUCCCGAAUCCAUCGUAUGAGGAAAAAAAAAUCAAAGUAUGCCUCUAGUUCCUCUGGAGGGGAGAGUUCCUGUGAUGAGGAAAGGAUCCGCCGACCACCACAUUUGCGACCAUUCCAUCCUCGCACUGUGGCCCUUGACCCAGAUCUACCAUCAUUCCUCAGUGAUCCUGACUAUUCUUCAAGUAGUGAGCAAUCAUGUGACACUGUAAUUUAUGUUGGCCCUGGUGGUGCUGCCAUCUCUGAUCGAGAGCUCAGCGACAACGAAGGACCCCCAACCUUUGUUCCCAUUAUCCCCUCUCUUAACCGUAAGCAACAAGGGAAAGAAGGGCCAGUUGACCAUGAUCACUUCAAAUGUAACACCUUUGCUGAGCUUCAGGAGCGAUUAGAAUGUAUCGAUGGUAGUGAGGAACCUACAGACUUUGUUGGAGAAUCUGGAGGAAAUUCUGCAACCCCUAAAAUGGACUGUGAUGCAACCAAAUUGAAAGAAGGCUGUGGUUGCAUUUCAGUUUCUCCCAAAACUCCUAUCAAAGCGCUCUUAUCAACACAGGACAGCAUAUCAAAAAAGUCAUUUUCUGUAGCCAGUAAACUGCCUGGCAGUCCAAAACACAAAUCCAAAUUAGAGCAUUCCAAGUUGCAAAGUGCCACAUCAGACAAAGAUCUCAGUACCAUGUCUGAGAGUUUAUGUAGGACAAGUGCAGAUGGUGAAAAGGUGCAAAUGUCAGAAAAUGGAACACUCUUAUGCACUCCAGGAAAACAAAGUAAAACAAUAGUAUCCCAAAAGUCGGAGCCUGUAGUUAGGGAAAAGGUUUUUUUCAGUAAAAAGUUACCCAAGCCUGCUCCCCCACCACCACAACAAAAAGACUAUGUCAGGGUCAGUAGUGAAAAUGAAGAAAAGUCUGCCACGAGGAUACCGCCAAUUGGGAUGAGUCAUCAAAAAAGAGAUGAUUCAAAUGAGAACUCACCGCUAAAAGUCCAUCACCUUAAUCCCAGGACUUCUGGGGAAAUUAGGUCCAGUCUUAGGGAAAGGUGCAUGGAGAAGGACAUAUUGAGGACAACUGUAACCCUUAAACAGCCAGUGGAGCUAAAUGGUGAGGACGAGCUUGUGUUCACUCUUGUGGAAGAGUUAUCAAUUGGCAACAUUGUGGACAAUGGAAGACCCUCCAGUAUUGUGAGCUUCAAUAGUGAUUGCUCACUACAGGCCCUUGCCUCAGGAUCACGGCCAGUAAGCAUAAUUAGCAGUAUCAAUGAUGAAUUUGAUGCCUAUACAUGCAAUGUUGGUACCUCAGAGGCAAACAUUAAAAUGGUGGCACCAUUACAGGAGAAAGCAUGUACUUCACUUGGUAGCCGUGGUUCUUCUAUCACUUCAUGGCUUAGCGAAGUAAGUGUCUGUACUCUGGAGAAUGAAGAUGACCAAACAGUAGAUGUCUUUCUCCCUCAAGGUACUCAUACUGGCCCAGACAGGAGUUUCUACCUUGAUUCUCUUAGGAUGUUCAAAAGCAGCCCUCAAAAGGAACUUAAGAACUCCUUGAAUGAUAGUGGCUGUAGCUUUUCAGAUUUGGACAACGACAGUGUUAUAUCAGGCAAACUCUCUCUUAGCAAGUGCCCAUCCUCUCAAGAGGCCCCACAACUGUCUGCCAAAAGUUUGCCAAAACUGGCAAAGGGAAAUACCAUUCAUUUAUCCGAUCCCCAGUCUUUUCAAGAUUCUCAAGUUUUCCAGUGUAGUCUUUCCAGGAAAUUAAAACCUACCUCAUCCACAGCCCAGAGUAGCGGUAUCAGUGCAAGCAGCUCCAGUAGAAACUGGAGACGUGAGCCACCAAGGCAAGACUGCAUACCAGAUCCAUGGCACCAAGUAGACAGCUCAUUGGAAUUUUCUAUAACCUCUAAUUCAGGUUCUUCAUCCAGACUGGCUAAAAAUGGAAUGAGUGGAAUUCCUGCAAGAAAAGCAGGCACAAGCAGCAACAGUGUACCUCGAAUGCCCAAAACACUAGGGUCAAACCCAUCCCAAAGGGUGGUGGACGGAUGUGAAAAAUCCAGCAACAACAGGAAGAUGGAGUCCCCGAGCAAGAUGCCACAGCUCAGACGAGGCGCAACAACACUUGGGACAGUUCCAGUCAUACAUACGUCCACUGAUGUCAAGCUUGCUCAAGAUAUUGGUUCCUCAACAGGAAGUUUAAAGUUUUCCUCUUUAGGAAAAAGUGGAAAAUCAAGCAAGCAUGAGGAGAGUAUGUCAAAACCUGGCAAUGUAUCACCACCUCCUCCUCCAGUACGCAAAUCUAGUUUGGAUCAAAAGAAUCUAAUCUUGUUUCCCCCAAGUGCCUUAAAGUCUGCUUAUGAGGCUGGAAAAUCUUUAGCACCAAGGGCUACAGGUUUAGAGGAUGAUAUUGAUCUUAGCUCUAGGGGUGAUUCAAAUAGUUUAAGAAUAUCUAACUUAAAGUCAGAGCAUAGUUUGAUAAAAGCAACCUCUAGUAUCAAAGCUAGAGGAACUAGAGGUGAUACAGGACAGGUAUAUGGGAGUCAGAUAUCUCUAGACAGAUGUGACAGUUUGUCAUCUUUGGGGUCGAAACCUGCUCUUAGUCGAGAAAACAGUGGUGCUAGUCUCAACAGCAAAUCAAGCAAGUCUGUCAAUAGGUUUGGAUCACCUGUUGCCACCUCUUCCCCAAUUGCUACCUCUCCACUUUCUUGUAUAAACCCAGUAGCCACUGUAAAAAGUGGGAUUGGCAAAGGCAGCCUUAACAUAAGACAAAUACCUGUUAAUGCAAACAAAGCUUGUACAUUAUCUGUAAACAACUCCAAAGCCCUGAGCUCAUCCACUAAGUCUCUUGUGGCACCAGCAACAAGGAAUGCCAACCUUCCACCUUCAGGAAAGACUGCAUUACUUCGAGCAACAGUAGGAGGCAAUGGUAAAUCCACAAGAGGAACAAUAAUGGGUACCAAGCAAGCAAUGCGGGUAGCAAACAGUCGCGUUAGUGAGUUGGCCUUGGCCAAUCCUUCUGGGAAACAUACAAAGGGCUCAGGUGAUUCAGACAGUGGCAAUGACAGUGGAGUGAACCUUAAUGAUGACAAGCAUACCCCAAUCCCCAUUCUCCCAUCUCCAUAUAGUAAGAUCACAGCCCCCAGAAGACCUCAGCGCUAUAGCAGUGGGCAUGGAAGUGAUAACAGUAGUGUCCUAAGUGGGGAGUUGCCUCCUGCCAUGGGACGAACUGUACUCUUCUACCACAGUGGAGGGAGCAGUGGAUAUGAGAGCAUGAUCCGUGACAGUGAAGCUACUGGUAGUGCUUCUUCAACCCAUGACUCCAUGAGUGAGAGUGGGAUGUCCUCCUCUGGUCGCACAAGGAGCUCCAAAGCACCCAAGAAGAGGUCAAAUGGCCUCCAGAGGCGGCGUCUCAUCCCAGCUCCCUUACCGGACACCUCCUCUCUGGGGAAGUCUGGGUCCACGGGCCAGUGGGUGGACCUUCCCCCUAUGUCCGGGCCACUGAAAGAGCCUUUUGAGAUCAAAGUGUAUGAAAUUGAUGACGUGGAGAGGCUUCAGCGACGAAGACAAGAAAAGAUAGAAGAGUCAGUUCAGGAUGUUGAGAAGGGCCUGAUGUAUUUUAACACUAAACUGAAGGUUCUUGAGAAACGGGCGCAGCAAAUCACAGAUCUCAGAGCCAAGCAUAAGUCUCUGAAAGAAGAGCUGGAGAACACAAAGUCUAGAUUAAUGAUGGAUCCCAGCAAGUGGAUUGGAGAGUUUGAGGUGGAUCAGGAUUUGGAUCAGGAGUCGCAAGAGUACUUGGAGGCAUUGGAACAGGCUACGGCUGAACUGGAAUACUGCGUCAACCUAUGCAAGUCCCGCGUCAUGAUGGUGACCUGCUUUGACAUCCGAGUAGCAUCUGACAUCCAAGAAGGACCGCGAGAGGUGGAGGUUUAAGAACAGAAUCUGGUGAUCGAUGGACA